AUGGAAGAAGUCGUGCUUAAUAGUGGUUCGUCUUCGAGCGAGAGCGAUGAUCCGCUUUUACGCGCGUUCGAUCAUAACGUGACGCAUCGCGAUUUCGACAGCGAUAUCGGUGAUGACGAUAACUGCGACUCGGUUACCGAGAAUGACGAUAGUUUAGAGUGUCACGAGACUAUCGUGCCUAGCAACGACGAGGAGUGGAUCGCGAUGAGAGAGACAUUCGCUGGAAUGUGGUCACGUAUCACUUGCGAUGGGAGAUCGUUUCUCAAUACCAGUUUAGAAAAAGUAGCUUCGUAUCUAGAUCGGGAAAAAUUGAGGAUCGCGCGAUUCGAAUUCUUCGGUCUCGUCGCGGAGGAUUUCGAAUUGCUCACGCGCAAGGGCGUAUUUCCGUACGAGUACGUCGACAGCGUUGAUAAACUAUUAGAGAUCGAGUUACCGCCGAUCGAAGCUUUUUAUAGUUCUUUAACUGGCGAAACUGUGAGCGAUUACGAGCACGCGCGAAGGGUAUGGAAGCGUUUUCGCGUGAGGACUCUCGGCAAGUACAGCCAUCUAUAUUUGAAAACGGAUGUGCUUCUCUUGGCAAAUGUUUUUGAAAAUUUUCGGGAUACCUGUAUGGAGAGUUACAGUUUGGAUCCAGCGCAUUAUUUCACGUUACUGGGAUACACGUGGGACGCUAUGUUGAAAUACACGAAUGUUCGAUUCGAUCUGCUUACCGAUAUCGAUAUGGUGAUGUUCGUAGAGCGCGGUAUACGCGGCGGUCUGAGUCAAUGCUCGAACAGAUACGCGCGAGUUAACAACCAAUACGAAUCGUCAUACGACUCAUCUCAACCGUCGUCGUAUGUCAUGUACUACGAUGUGAAUAAUCUCUACGAGGGCCAUGUGCGAGCCCUUACUGUACGCGGAAUUUCGAAGUCGAUCUCGAAUAUCCGCGAUAUCUUCACGAUGGCCAUGUGGAUCUUCCGUUCUGUCCGACACGCGAAAUCGGGAAAUCGAAACAAAAAGCUACUCGCCACGGUCUAUGACAAAUCGCGUUACGUGACGCACUAUCGCAAUCUUCAACAGUACGUGCGACACAGUUUACGCGUGACGAAGAUCUAUCGCGUGUUGCGGUUCGCGCAGUCUCCUUGGCUGCGCGCGUACAUCGAGCUCAAUACGGAACGAAGAACUCGCGCGAGCAACGAGUUCGAGAGGAAUCUGUAUAAGCUGAUGAAUAAUGCGAUUUUCGGCAAGACAAUGGAGAACAUGCGCGAUCACGUAGACGUGAGGCUUGUGACGCGUAAUAUCGUUGUUGAGGCGUAA